AUGGGGCCGCGCCAGUGCGUGGGACUCACCGCGCUUUUCCUGUGCACAGUGGUGGACAGCAAGGUGAUCCUGGAUGGCCUGCAGCGGUACGGCCCUACCCCAAUCUAUCUGCCUGUCAGCUACCGGAUCAUCAAUGCUGAGUCAGCAUUCUUCUUACUGGAGGCAAACCAGGACAUAAUGAGGAACUCCAGCCUCCAAGCUCGCACGGAGUCCUUCUUUAUCCACCAGGCUCGACAGAUGCCCUUUGUCAAUGCCAGCUAUGGGCAACUUUCUGUUCAGGAGCCUGUCCCUUUGGAGAUGCUUCAAACACUGCCAGGGCCAUUUAACACGCCGUCUUUUACAUCAUCAUCAGCUCCGACAUCAGCAACGUCAUCACCACUUUUUACUUUCAAUUGGAAGGUCCAUACAUAUAUAAUCAAUGAGAGGAUUCACCCUAGUUUCCCAAAAGUUCAAGUGUUGUUCUACAUCGCAGGCAGGGACUGGGAUGAUUACAGCGCCGUCCACAAGCUCCCCUGUGUCCGGAUGUUUGCCUUUCAUGAGACACAAGAGGUGCGCGGGACAUGCAGGCUAAAAGGUGAGCUGGGAAUAUGUGUUGCUGAGCUGGAGCCCCUUGCAAGUUGGUUCAGCCCUCCCACGGUGAGGCCUGGCAGGCAGCGGGUGUUAGAGCAGUCUCAAGGCACUCCUGUGGAGCUCUACUAUAUGAUUCAAACCACGGACAGUGGGGACUGCAACACUGAGGAUUCAAGAAAGGCUGGCCCGGUUCGCGCAGAGCAGCAGAGGCCAAUGGGCUAUUAUGCAGGGCACACACCAAUGCAGCGCAUCGGGAGCGUCAGACUGUUUCAGCCUCUGUCAGAGCUCAAGUUAGACAAUAACUUUGUGGUGAUGGCACCUUCCAAACCCAUCAGGCAGAGAGAGACUGUCUCCACCUUUCUGGCUCUGUCCACACUUUCCUCCGUGCAAAUUUUCACCCUCAGUGUCAAGCUGAAGGAUGGUGUGGCGUUCCUUGGGGCAAGAGCCAGUAACCCGGUUAUGUGGACGGUCAGUCAGGACAUCAGAAGCGAGGGUCAUCGGGUUGUUACCCUGCACUGCCAUAGGAAAGAGAACAGUUUUAGUCAAAGAGUUGAAGCAGUGGGAUACCAGCGAGUGCUGCAGGUAGACCUGGAGGUGAACGGAUUAAUGGUGACUCAGGGGAGCAGGGAGGUGACCUGGCAGGUGGAGUAUCCACUCACCCGCACCCUGACCAGCGAGGUGCAAACCCUCAUCCGUCUGGCACCGCAGGACCUGGGCGGCAUUGUGCCACUAGCCAUGGACAGUGAGAUCCUCAACACGGCUGUCCUCACAGGGCGUACUGUCGCUGUCCCAGUUAAGGUGGUCACUGUAGGGACAGAUGGAUCCGUAUCAGAUGUCACAGAGUCUGUGGAGUGCAGGUCCACAGACGAACAGGUUAUUAAGGUCUCAGAGCGCUGUGAUUAUGUGUAUGUCAACGGAAAAGAGACAAAGGGGAAAAGCAGAGUAAUGCUCAACUUCACCUACAGUUUUCUGAGCGCGCAGCUCAAGAUGAGCGUAUGGAUCCCUCGCCUGCCUUUGCUCAUAGAUGUGGCUGACACUGAACUCAAUCAGAUAAAGGGCUGGAAGGUCCCAGCUGGUGUUAGUAACAGGAGGUUCGAGAGGGUCACUGAUGACAAGGAUGGUGCCUAUGGACCUGAGGGGAGAUCGGAGAAUGUCUGUGUGGCCCAGUACCAGAGCACCACGCUGCGUGUCUUCACACAGUUCGUGUCGGAUGUUGGAGACAUUAAAGGAGCCACAGAGGAGGACAGGCUGAGUCAGCAGAACUUUCUGCUUGGUACUGACUGGCAUGUGGAUGUGACACAACUUGUCAAGGAAUCCCUGAGGGUGGAGGACUCGAAGAUUGCCGAACUGCUGGAGGGUCAAGUGCUAAUCGGACUGAGCGCUGGAACCACCAAACUGCAGAUCCUGUCCCCUCUGACAUCAUCAGUACUGGCUGAGAGGAGCAUCAGGGUGCACGAUGAUAAAGUGAGUGUGACAGAACUGGGGGUGCAGUUGGUUUCUGGACUCUCUCUGUCCCUGCAACUGAGCCCUGGAAGCAACAGAGCCAUUGUUGCUACUGCAACAACACAGGAAGUCAUUGAAUCACUUAAACAGGAGUCCCUCAUUAGUGCUUGGCUUCAAUUCAGUGAUGGAUCUAUGACUCCUCUAGACAACUACAACCCUGCCCAUUUUACCCUGGCAGCCACAUCUUUGGACGAGCGGGUGGUGGUGGUGCAGCAGAGUGCGGCAUGGAAGUGGCCAGUUAUCGUUGCCAAGGGGGAAGGUCAAGGCUUGCUUGUACAUGUUGAAAUGAGUCAGUCAGAUAUGUGCCAGAAGGGCAAAAAACGUUCUGCAUUAGCCACUGGAAUGGUAAAUAUCCAAGUAAGGUUUGGUAAGCAAGAGGAGCAAUACAGACAACCAGGAGACAGAAGAACACGCCCUGAUCCUCCAUAUUAUAGUGGAUCUAUCUCGGAUAUGGAAACUGGCUUAAUUAACCGUGGAGCCACUACCAUCAGGGGUCAUGUUCCAAUGAGGCCUAGUGGGGGACGUUUGUCAGCAGACAGUGGAGACAGGAUACCAAAUGAUAUCUCCGAAUACCCAGAAAAGGCCGAGCUGCCUCGGAGUCGCAGCACAGAUGAUGACUUGUUACCAUCUCGACGAGGACUGACAGACUUGGAGAUUGGUAUGUAUGCCCUGUUGGGUGUUUUCUGCCUGGCCAUUCUGGUUUUCCUCAUCAACUGCAUUGCUUAUGCAUAUAAGUACCGUACUAAGCAGCUCUCUCUGGAGGCUCCAGAGGCUAUGCCCCACGCUCAUGACUGGGUUUGGCUUGGUCAAGAGGAGGGCCUUUGUUUGCAGCAACAACAGCAUGAAGAGCUGGGUGGUACCCUGGAGGAAGGCAGUCAACUUUUAAAUGGAGGCGUCCAGUGUGAUAGUACUGAUGGGGGAGGAUGUAGUGGACGGAAUCACAGGAAUGAGUCCCUUAACUCACCCACCACUAAGAGGAAGAGGGUAAAGUUCUCCACUUUCUCCAAUGUGAAGUCCAGUAAUGGAUGUCCAGUGCUAAGCCCAUUAGCACUAGUGCAGACCAGUGAUAUAAAAUGGGUAUGCCCAGACAUCGAGCUUGGGGACUCUAAGGACCUUAGGAACUACAUGGAAAAGCUUAAUGAGAAUGCAAUUAAGAACACUGCAUAAGGGUUACGGUGUGUUUUCAAUGUACUAAAAAGAAACUCACCUGAAUGCCUUCAUAAUAU